UCAUGCACGACGAGAAGCAAUGGCUGGUAAAUCGCGGUUUAGCUCGGGUAUAUCUUCUGGUUUGACCAUAGGAAUUUUAGUACUAAUAUGUAAUGUUGAUGGGCGGCCGGACGGGGCACCCACAUCAGCAUGCACAAAUUUGACGCCAAUGCAUCUAGGCCAGUCUCCGCAGUCCUCUACCGCUCCAUUUAGUAUCAUUCCAACGACACAAUCAUAUACUCCAGGAACGAAUUUAGCUGUAAAUGUAGUGAAUGUUGGCAAUGAACAUUACACGGGAAUUCUGAUGCAGGCCAGAGCAGUAGGAAGCACAACGCCAGUUGGGUCAUGGAGUUCACUUAAUCUACCCGGUGGUACAAAGACGAUAAUGUGUAGUAAUCCUGCAGAUUCAGUUACUCACUCAAACUCUGUUACGAAGCCAGCCACUACGGUAUAUACAUGGAUCCCUCCCUCAAUGCCAGUUGGAAACAUCGAAUUUGUGGCAACUUUUGCUGUGUCCCGUGAAGUAUAUUACGUUGGUGCCAAGUCACAAACCGUAUUUAAACCGUGUGGGAAUGGAGGGACCUACUAUCAAAGCUCCACGACUGCUGGUUAUAUUUGCGUAUGCGCCGACAAUUAUGAAGGAACACAUUGUGAAGUAACUAUUAACCCGUGUUUAAAUAGCCCCUGUGUGAAUGGAGGUACCUGCUUUCAAGGGACAACGUCCGGUACUUAUACUUGCAUUUGCUUAACUGGUUACUCAGGAAGAAAUUGUGAAGCAUUUACAUUGUGUCUCACUGGUGCGUGCAUGAAUGGCGGCACGUGUUUACAAAGCUCUAGCGCCGCCAAUAUUUUCUGCUUGUGCACACCAGGUUAUGAGGGAGACAGAUGUCAAACCACAGUGAAUUUAUGUUCAACUAAUCCAUGUCAAAAUGGUGGAACAUGUCUUCAAAGCUCCGACCGUAAUUCUUAUACAUGUAUUUGCCUACCCACCUAUACUGGAACAAAUUGUGAAACAGUCGUGAUGGACAGCAAUCCUUGUUCCACUAGUCCGUGUGAGAAUGGUGGGACGUGUUACCAGGGAUCGACAUCAAGUACUUAUGUUUGCACAUGUCCUGUUGGUUAUUCGGGAACAAAUUGUGACG